CUCUCUCUCUCUCAGCAGCCACUCCUCUCUCUCUCUCUCUCUCUGCACACAACAACGACAAUUGAUAGCAAUCAUUCGAUUUUCAAGGGCUCAGACGAAUUCAAGCCCUUCAUCCGGAAAGAGAUGCUAAACCUGAUGGUUGUCUGCAGCUGCUAUCUACAUCUCUUUUAAUGUUCUACCGCACGUAAGGCAAGUCAACCUGUGAAGGUCUUCUGCAUGUGCUAUGAGAACCUGUGGAGAACCUUUAUAGGCAAUUGGAAUAUUUCAUGAUUGGAACUACUAAUCAUUUUGAAUUUCAAGAAUCAGAGGUAAACCAUUUUUGGCUUGCAACUUCAAUAUUGUAUAUAAACAGAUUAUAGUUUUUUAUAGCUAUUUUGAUUAUCUGUUACUGUGAAUGAUGAAUUUCUAGCUUACUGUGAAGCUUCUUGAUAUACAACAAUGCAAAGAUAUUGCCAUUUUUGUUGUUUAUAUUUGUAGCAACCAUAAUCUAUUUUUUUUUUUCCUUCUACUGAUUGAUUUAAUAUGGAUUUCCUUCAUCCUGCAAAUCAAUCAUCUGUCACUUUGGGUUGGAAAUUUCUUAGUAGCUUAUAAGGUUUCUUGAUGUGGAAUGAUUUGUAAAAGUUUGCCAUUCAAAUUCAAAUUGCAGUCCAUUUCAAUCAUUGAAUCCAUUUCAUGUGAAUUGAUGUGCUAAAUUUCAGGAAUCUUGUGCUUUCUUGAUUGAAAAUUUCCAUUAGAGUACCACCAUCUAUCAUUAGAUGCCAACUUUGGGAGCUAGAUUUGGACCAACACUUCAAUGUUGCGAGGUUGUAGGAAGAAAAUUCUUGUGGGAGAGAAUUAUUUAAUGGUUGCUUCUUGCUCUGAUUCUUCUUUUAUGUGGCUAAAAUCUUCAUGGGUUUUACAGGAAGCAGGUUUUGUGAUUUGGGUUCUUUGGUGCACGACUUUGGGUUUGGACAUGGUUUCCAUGCCUCUCUUUAAAAGAAAGCCAUUUCCCCAGGUGCAACCACCACAGGAUUUGAAUCCAGAUGAUCCUUUUUUCCAAGUUCGUUUCACAAAAGAGAUAUUCAGGGACUACCAGUAUCCUUUGAUUUCUGCCAUAUCCUCAGGAAAUUCAAUAGCAUGGCCCAUUUCCUUUCUAAUUUAUAUUAUCACAUACUAAUCAUUGGAGAGAUGUUUUGAAUCAGGUAUUAUAUGCAUGAUUGAAACAAAUGGAUUUUUAUCAUUCGACCAAGCAAUGGUACAGGUGGCCCAUCUUGGCAUGGUCCAUGAGGCGCCAUCUCCCCCACAAGAUGAUCUUAGUCAUUAGAAAUAAUGAACACUACAACCAGUGGUCUGCAUUUAAUGGGGGCAACAUUAUAGCGUUUAUGAGUAAAAGAAUUUAGCCAUCUCCCCCACAAGAAACAGUGGUGAUUGAAUACCGACUAUUAAAAUUGAGUUUAUCUUUGCCUUUGGCCCAUGCUGAUCAUGGAAUAUAUUUGAUCCCAUGUUAUCAUUUGUUUCUUGUCAUGAUUUUGUUGAAUGCAACUUGGGGAGUGGCAGAUGUUCUUUACUGUGACAAUCUUUGCUUUUUGGCGGAAUAUCUACAGCUGGUAGUGCAUGGAGCAAUUCCUAGCACUUACUUUGAAUCUGAAACUGCUGUCCCAGCUGCUGAGAUGUCAUUUCACAUUCUCAACCAUUUUUAUAAGCAGUUGGAUGAAGUUUGUCCUGUGCGAGGUGGUGAGGAGGAAGCAUACCAUAUGCUUCUGGUGUUAUUUGUCGGAAAUUCCCAGAAAAUGCACAGUUUGAUUGGAUGCGCACCUUCAAUGGCUUUUGGGUCUGGGCUAGUUCUCGGGAUCUGGGAGUUGGUGGAAAUGUCUGGGAGUUGGGUCACUCGCCUCAAGAAAUGAUAAGGAAAACAAAAAUCCCAUCUAACAAAUUCUUAUUUCCAUAACACAUACAAAAUUGUGUUUGCAAAUUUUACAGAUUAAUACUUGUGCAGGCAUACACAUGCAUUUAUAUUUCUAUGCACUCUGUAAUGCAUUGUUGCUAUUUUCAUGUGCAGGUAUUUCGGCAACUCAGGAAUCAACACUGUCAUGUACUACAGUCCCACAAUUAUGCAGGUGGCCGGAUUUGCUAUUUUCAUGGAUUAAAAUGACUCUAAAUACACAUGGUUCUGUUUUCCAGUUCCAUCCAUUACCUGAGAAGUGUUCCUGAGAUGUGGCCUGGCCUUAUUCAGAAGGCCAAAGUUGGAGGCUUGGAUGUUAUCCAGACAUAUGUUUUUUGGAAUGGCCAUGAACCUUCUCCUGGCAAGCGGGUUCCCCAUUUGGCUGAAAUACGUUCCCGGUAUCAGUUUCAGAACGAACAAUGGACCUUUCAAGACAGUGAGGAAAGGACUCUAUUGCAUUGGGCUGUAGAUUGUGGCCACCAGAAUGUUGUGGAGUGGCUCGUUAGCAGAAAUGCUGAUGUGAAUGCUCAGGUGAGGCUCGUUGUUCUUUGUGAAGCCCACCCGAAGUACAUAGCUGUAUAUUUCCUUUUGGCAAUAAAAUACAGGUGGGCUGAUUCCACUGGCUUCCUUCAAAAAAAAAAAAAAAAAAGAGUUAUUGAAAUUGGUUUAGUCUAUAUACAUGUUCUGCUUUUUAGUCACUUGGUGAGAUGUUUCUUGUUGAUAGUUGGCUUGAGGCCACUGAUGAACGGCUUAGUUGCUUGCAAUUCACACAAAACAUUUAUACAAGUGCUCAUCAUAGAUGAAAGUUUCCAUCAAGCUGUAAUUUCCUUGGCUUUAGUUCAAAUCACAGUCAGGUGAUUUUCAAGUUGGGUUUUAAAGGGGGUGCAACUCCCAUUUGAGGGCUACUUCUAUAUUAACACUAGGAAACAUCACAAUCAGGUGAUUUUUGAAAGAUUUCAUUCUUUAUAUAUGAGCUGUAUUUUAAAGUGGGGUUUUAGUGACUUUUCAGACUAAUAUGAAGAUUCAUCCUACAGUCUAAUUAUAAUCCACCUUCCUCCAAUCCAGCCCGUCUGAGGGAGGAGGUUUUGGCUGAGAAAGGGCUGGAUUGGAGGAAGGUGGAUUCUUAGAUUGAGGUUACUGAACCCUAGUUAAUUUCUAUACACUUGCUCUCAACAAUAUCGAUUUACCUUUUUCAUUUUCAUUUAAUAAAUAAAUAAAUAAAUUUCACUAACAAGUCAUGCCUUUAACCAGACAUUUGCCUCCUGUUUUUGUACAUGUACAUUAUUGAAUUGUUAAGUAAGAUACAAAUGUUGGUAAUGGAUGAUAUAAUGACACAGGUAUAAGAAUGUCUUCCUUUCUUAUUUGCAUUUUUUGGGUAAAACUUAUUUAAACUAUUUUUCGAUGGACUAGAUAAUCCAUCCGUUCUACCACUCGUGUCCCAUCUUGAAUGGACGAAGUAAUGGAUGUGAGGCUUGGUAAUAAAAUUCAACUUUUUAAUUUUCUUCUUGUGAUUAGUAUCAUUCUUUGGGAAAAACUUAUUUAAACUAUUUUUCUAUUGCAAAGGCCAUGGUGAAAUUUGCACCAGGACUUCAAUACACCAGCAAGCUGAUGUAGGUGUAGGAGGUAUAUAUUUUGAAGGAGGUUGUGUAAGUUUCUUGCUGUAAGACAGUUUCCUUUUCCUUCUUUCAAUUAGCUAGAUUUACUUGAUACCAAAGCUUGUAUAUUUGGAUAUGUUGGAUGGGGUGCAAUGUCAUUGGUUUGGAUGAAGCUAUUAAGGUUUUCAAAUCUUUACAGUGAUGUCCAAUCUAAGAUGAAUGACCUUGGCCUAAAGCUACAAUCAAAUAGGCCUAUGCCUUAUCCUUUAAAUAUAUGUGCGGUUCCCAGAACCUCUCUGGGAUGGCUCAUGAAUAAUUGUUUGUUCUGUAAAGUUGAUUUCACUUUGUUUCUCAAAUAUUUGCAGAUGACAAUCAAUUAUGAGUGGAAAGAAGAAUAACAUACUUGUAGAGAGAUGAUUUUUCAUCGCCAGCGGUCUGUUUCGAGCACGUAUCUUGAUCUAACUUUACUUUACACUUACAGUUUGGUUGAAAUUGUUAUCUUAACUAAGAAAAUUGCGAACAAGCUUAUAUUUUGAUAGAUUUACCUUAUAUGAUUUGAGAUAUUUAGAAUAAUAUUUUUUGUUAACAAA